AUGAUAAUCACGAAUAACCAAACCGCCAGCCCCGACCAGGCAGCUCCAUCGAUCGAUCAAAUCAAUGCCCUACAAGCUCUCCUGAAUGAAAUGCGAACGAGCUUACUGCCCUCCUUGCACCAACACCUGGCCGAUCUGCUGAAAUCGCAAGAUGCCUACUAUUCAGGCGAAGGACCACGGCCAAACCUGCAAGCCACCCUCGAAAUAUUAUCCCAACUCAAAGAUACCGUCAAGCGAAUCAAAUCUUCCUCCGUUAGCAUCCGUCAGGCAGCUCAAGUACCCGAAGACCAAGAUCAUCAUUACGCAGGUCUGAAAAGGCACAAGCUCGACGCGAUCAUGGUCAAAAUUAACUAUACGCUACGUUACUCCUUGACAGUAGUUCUUUACGAUCACCUGGCUCUUCUGGAAGGAUGGAAGGAUUCUGAAAGAAGACAAAAGACACGCAUCCGGCAAUCACUAUUGAGGGAUAGCGCUGAAGUCUUGGAUUUCCUCCAGAUCAUCAUCCAUUCGUUCCAUGCAUCCGAGCUCUCAAUUCUCCAAGCCGCUUGGAAAACCAAAUCAUGUAGCCUCGAAGAGCACAUCGAAUUCUUAACCGUGCAAAUCGAUUCGGUCUUCGCUCAAUCACUCGAAGAGCUUCGUGAUUAUUCAACAGGGGACGAUCGAUCUGAGCGGUCUGAUGAAGGUCAUACAUACCAUCGAGCUGAGAUCCACCCUUCCGGCGACGCUGAUCAUGACCAUCAACAACACUCUGCAAAUAUCCUUCCAAGUGCCAGCUCUGUCGUCGAUCAACAACAUGAACCAUCUGACGAUGUCCUUCCAAGCGCCACCCCUAUCGUCGAUCAUGAGCCUGAAAUCCUUACACACGAAGCGCCGGGAGAAGAAAUCUGCAUAGAGCCGUAUCUCGUCAAGCUUGCCCAAUCUGUCAUGCCGCUCGUCAAACUGGGCAGACUAUUAUUGAACAGACUUUUGCUUGUGCCAUCGAGCAGAGCACCCUUCACGAUCGAUGACCGAAUGAGUUCGACUGAAUUCAAAUCCUUGCGCAAUCAAACCGACUAUUUCUUCACCGACUUGUUGAGUCUGAUCAGGAUCUUGUUGGAAUUUUGUGCUCAGAAUGGCCGUGCUACGUUCGACGAGGUUCGAGAUGAGUUGGAGAGGGCUCUGAUUAGUUUUGAUCGCUGUAUGGACGUCCUACGUCCUCGUCUACUCCCUUAUUCGCCUUCCCAUCACUCACAACUAGUCACUACUCCUCUGCCAGAAUUGGAAAAGAUCUUCAACGAUUGGUUCUCCUUAUUAAUCGAUCAAGUCCAUUUGGCUGCUCGCAACUUUAGAGUCGAGAUGGAAGUAUUUGAAAAGACAUAUGCUGUAUACAUUAUUCAAUCUUGACCUUUUGUAUCUAAGUAACACAUUCGUUUUUUUUUUUUUUUUCAUUACAAUCAUCAUCAAGUAGUAUCAAUUAAUUAUCGAAUUCUUCC